AUGGUUGGCUCGAGCUUUGAAAAGUCCGUUAAGGGCGCGACUAAGUCGAAGAAUGCUGCUCCGAAAUCGAAAUACAUCGAACACAUCCUCACAGCCACCUACAGCGAUGCAGGGACAGCAGAGAUCUUUCGCACACUCCAGAUCAGGCUGCGCGAGUCAGCGUGGACGGUCGUUUUCAAGGCGCUUAUAGUGAUACAUAUGAUGAUACGCGAGGGUGCUCCGGGAGCUGCGCUUGCCUACCUCUCGCAAUACCCUCAGAAAUUUGCUAUUACGAGUAUCUCGGACGCACAAUUCCAGGGAGCGAAUAUAUGGAGAUACUCAGAGUAUCUAAUUGCGAGGUCUCUGGCCUUCCAGGAGACAAAGACGGAUUACGUUCGUAACGGACAGGGUCGAUUGAAGUCAUUAACUGUCUCAAGGGGCUUAUUGCGAGAAACUGAGAUUGUUCAAAAGCAAAUUAAGGCUCUUUUGAAGUGUGAUCUCCUGAGCGAUGAGCCUGAUAAUGAAAUCACACUAACCGGUUUCCGGCUGGUGACGCUCGAUCUUUUAACGCUAUACUCUGUUAUGAAUGAGGGAGUUAUUAAUGUCCUAGAGCAUUACUUCGAGAUGUCUCGAACGGACAGCGAAAGAGCAUUGCAUUUAUACAAAGUUUUCAGCGCUCUAACGGAUGAUGUGGUUGCCUUUCUACGAGUUGCCAGACAGUAUGAACAUGCCACUCGACUUGAGAUACCCAAUUUAAAGCAUGCGUCUACGGAUUUGGCAAAGUUGCUAGAGGAUGACUUGCAUGAUCCUGACUUUGCGAUUCGACGCAAGGAAUACCGUGAGCAGAAGUUUGGAAAGUCCAAAGGUGAAAGUAGCUCGGCAUCAAAGGACACAAGAACACAAUCCGCGCCCAAAGCAAAUGAUAGCGUAGCACCUCAAAAUGCUCCAACUCCUGCUACUAAAGCUCCGGCGGCGGAUUUAAUCGACUUCUUUGGGUCCAUUGAGGAAAACCAACCACCGGCGAAUCAACAGCCACCACAGCAACAGAAUAUGCCAAUGCAAUUCCAGCAAACAGGUUUCCAACAACAGCCGAUACCAGCGGAGUUCUUACAAAACCAAACAGGAUUUGCUCCCAACCAAAUGGGACAAAAUAUAAACCCGUUCAGCCAGUACGAUACACAAAUGCAACAGCAGCAGCAGCAACCUCCAGCUGCCCAGCCAUUACAGGCCUCCCACACAGGCGCUGGAUUUGGCGGCUACACCCCUCAGCCGUUCCAAAGCCCAAGCCCUCUCUCUGCUAUUCCACAGCACGAAACCGCCCCGUUCCAACGGCCCAUGACAGCGGGUGCCACACCACGAGCUACCAAUCCUUUCCGACAAUCUAUGCUUCCUACCGCAGAGAACUUAUCUUCCUCUCAACUACAGUCUCCUUCGACAUUGGCCAUGAAGCGGCAAUCUACCAACCCCUUUGCAAAACCACCUGCAAUUCCCCCACAGUACCAAAUUCCGAAUCCAAACCAAUACCCCAUACCUUCAUCGUCUCCACCCCCUUCACAACAACAGCAGCAACAGCCUCAGCCCCUUCAGCCUCAACGAACGGGAACAAACCCGUUUGCGCGGCCUCAGCCACAGCAAAGCCAGGAUGCACUGCCCGCCCAACGUCUACUACCAACCCCAACCGGAAGCACAAAUCCUUUCCGCCAAAGCACUUUGAUGAACCAAGCCACAGGUCAAGGAUGGCAGAACGUUCCCCAGGGGACAAUGGGUGGGCUAGAGAAGCUAGAAACCAUCCCUGUGUUCCCUCGGCCCGGUCAAAUGGCAUAA